AUGCUUAGAGCUGCAAAACGGAACAUACGUAGGGAAUACUUGGGCCUGACCUUGAAUGUCAUGGACCUUCAAUUCGAGGUCAACAAUGUGAUCCAGGAAGGGGCGAAUGAAGUGCUGGUGGUGCUCGACAACAUAGUCGAAGAGACGAGAGACAUCACGGAGGUGUCACAGGGGUACCAAGAUACUAUUGCAUUUUUCAACACGUCACAAAAAGCAGCCUUCAUCGUCUUCGUGAUCAUCAUGGUACUGAUGAUCAUUCUGUUUUCAAUCACGCUCUGGCUCUCUCCAGCCCUCAGUAAAGAUUUGGGAUCGGAAGACGGGCUUCGGGCGUCAAUGUCACACGGCUGUAGUAGAGGGAUGCGCUGGGGCCUUCUGCCGCUGUCGAUACUUGUGGUUUUGGUGUCGUUCCUGGUGAUUGCUCUCGCCAUCACAAUGAGUGUUGCAUUGGCCGAUCUCUGCGACAGGCCGGACGCAUUCAUCAAAUCACGUCUUUCCACCGACAAUUUAGAAUAUUUGGGAUACUAUAUAGACGACUGUGUGGGUGCCAACCCUAAUCUGCAACUGCUCGAAGAGAAAGGUGUGUGGCUGGUACAGGCAGAAGGUAUCUUGGCACUGUCUAAUCUGACUGCUGAGACCUGUGCGCCGGGCGUUCGAGAUGAAUACCGUGCCUUAUUUCAGGAACUCAAUACAGAUGUAGUCAAGGGUAAUGCACUGCUCGAUACCGCCCGUGAGAUGGUCUCGUGUCGAGUCAUCAAUGGGCUUUAUAACCUAGCUGUGGAUGAGGGUGUGUGCUCCGAUGCACUGGACGGGAUGAUUCUGCUGUGGAUAGGAUUGCUACUCUCCACUUUGGCCAUGGCAUUUGCGAUGAUGGUCUACACGCGCUUUGUGGUCACCUCGGUGGUCGAUGUGAUAGUAUUCAGGCGCAGUCAAUCACAAAUGAGUUUACCGAGUGAGGCGCGUUCAGCGAACGCUUCCAUGACCAACGCUUCCAUGAUCAACACUGCCAGCGGUAUGCAAUCGAUUGGUGGCAGUGCCGACUUAUUCCGCCGACAGGCUUCCGUGAAUGACGCAAACCAGUCGUUCAUCAAAGCGUACGGCAAGUCUAUCUCUUAUACACCGGACAAUACGAAUGUGCGAGCGAUAGACAUACCCGAGGGGGAUGGAGCCAGUUUCCAGGCAUAUGGCGACCCCGCAGUGUACCAAAACAACAUCCCCGCGGCGCAGAUCAACCACCAGCUGUACCCGGUUGGCCAUCGUCUUGGAUCUGUUCGACAAUUCAGCUACACGCAAGAAGUACCGCAGCGCCGAGGCAGUCAGGGUAUGCAACCCCCAGGCUAUGGGUCAAACCCGAAUUUCUUAGAGUAUUCCGAAGUCGAUGAUGAGUAUCCCAGCACAAGCGGUGUCACUUUGGUGCAUACUGAACUGGGACAUGGAUCAAGUGUCAGCGCGCGUAGUAGGGCGAACAGUCAGGGCGCUCUCAUGGGCGGCAACCGGGGUUGA